GUCAAAAAAAUUCAACACACCAGCAGUGUGAGGAGACCUGAAAGUGGCACAUGGCAGAAGAGUGUGGCGAUGGAGACAGCAGCAAAUGGGAGGCCGUACAGGGACCCAUGAGAGACUCUGGACUUGGCAGCAGCAUGAGGAGGCGGUAUAUAUAGGGGCCCAUGGCAGAUUAGGGGCCUGGCAGCAGCUAUGGGAGAGGCCCGUAAUCUGCCAGCACCCUAUGUCAAAAAAUUGAAAACACAGCAGUUGUGUGAGGAGACCUGAAAGUGGCACAUGGCAGAGUGUGGCGAUGGAGACAGCAGCAAUGGGAGGCCGUACAGGGACCCAUGAGAGACUCUGGACCUGGCAGCAGCAUGA